CCGGACUUGUCUCUGCGCUCCGCGGCCCCCGGGGAUGGGUAUGAGGGGGACCGCGGCCGGUUGCGGCGGCUCAGGGCGACCGGCUGCUGGAACGUCCCCGCUCCCCCGUCGAGCGGGCGGCAGCGACGGCCUUUCCAUCUCUGUUCAGUUGCCUCUCAAUUAGUAGGAGGAAGAAAGAGCGAUAGGUACCACGCAGGGGGAGAGAUGCGGUCUCGGGGGCCUCACCUUUGUGAAACAGGGGAAAUGUGGCUGCUCGGCACGGCCGAAAUUGGGUGUCGCGUGUGGAGCAGAGCGUGAGCGCCCCAUCAUCUCCUGCCGCGCCCGCUGCUGUCGCUGCCAUAGCGGGUGGCCUUGGCCGGCCCAUGGCUCGCAGGGGGCCCCGGCAGAGGACCCUGCGAGAGGCAGACGCUCUUAGCAUAGGAGCCGUUUCACCCGUGUCACAAGUUAUUGUGCCCUUUCCUUUUGCCCAUUUAAAUAUGUCCCUUCCAACUGGGCAAAGGGAGCAGGGUUUAGCAGUGCGCAUUGUGUUAAUUUCUUGUAACAUCUGAGGAGGGGAAACUGGACUGUUCUAUUCAGUGCAAUUUUGCCUGUACUGUACUGUUAGCAAAGAGCAUUAAAAUUUCAGGAGAGAAUGACAGUGAUGUUUCUGUUGCUGAAAUCAGAAGUGAAAUAAAAAUGUAGCACAAGUCUAGAUAAGAAACGACUGAGCGAAAAUGUUACUUAUGAAACCAUGUGAUACAAAGAAAAUAGGAAGUAGUGGUUAGUUUGCCUGUGAUGACACAAAAAACCAAGAGAAAAUACUAAAUGGUAGAUUUAGAGCAAAUUAAAUAAAAAUACCUGUCUCUUUUUAGGAUGCAUAAUUAAAACGUAGCAUUCACUGACACACUAUAUGGUAGGUGCUAAGAGUUAUACCCAGUUUCAAAAAAGGGGAAAAAUCAAGGAGCAGUGUGUUAAGAGGUAUGACGCACCAAGAACACAACCACUUUGAGAAGUCCAAAAUUCAUAAACUGAGGAAAGCUGGGACAGGGAAGUUAUUUGCUAACUAGCUAUUUCCUAUGUUCUUAUGCUCUUUCCUAGGCACCUUCCAUGGUCUUCACUCAGAAAUGGGAUACCACGUUAUACUGGCGUUUGAUCUGAGACAGUAUUACCUUUCUUAUAUUAGUGCUGCUUAAGGAUUAAAGGUUCCACUUCAAUGUGUAACCCUCCUAGAGGGAGGCAAUCUUAUGCUUGUCAGUUUAUGUGUCUACCCCCAGAUGACUUCAGAUCAUGACAGAUUUUUCAGUAACUUUAUUUUUUUCCAGGAGUAGUAGUAACAAGAAUCUGAGUUUAUACUACCUCCUAUGUAUGUUAAAUAGGCUUCUGCAUCCAUGAAGUAGUAAUCAUACUUAGUACACAGAACAGAGGCAAGCAUUUUAUUUAUUAAAUGCUUGUUCCUCUCUUGAAUUUCACAACUUCAGGUAAAAUACGGUCUUUCUAGUGAAUAAUUCUAAAAUGUUCUCUGGCAGCACAGUGGUAAUCUAAGGAGAGGAUUAUUGCAUGUUUAUUAAAAAGUUUUUUUACGAAGAUGCAAAUGUUAAUUUUUGAAGCUUCUGGCUACAUAUUUUGCUUUGAACUUUGGUUCUUUCCCACAGAAACUUUCUGGGACUAGUAGAUUUUAUAGUGUCAUUAACUAUGCAUAAUUAACUAAACCAUUGAAUGGCUCAGAAAUAGUUAAAAUACUGGAUAAAACCUUGGGUUAGAGUAUGUUAAGAUGUUGGCAUGCUUUACUAGGAAGUCUGGAAAUUAAUUUAAUUUCCUGGAUUCCAGAACGUUUUUUACUGACCAAUUUGUAUUAACCAAAAUAUUUUCAAAAAUACUUUAUUAAUAUUUCUGCCUUUGAAACAUGGCCAACAAUGUCUUUAUUUAGCAGCCUACCUCUGAGUUUAUAUGUAUCUCUGUCCUUCCACUUAUUAUUUUUCAGAGAAUUACAGAAGAUUAUGGGUCAGACUUAUACAGGAGUUAGCUGCUUAAUACCCCUUUGAUCUCUCAAAAAAAUGGACUUAUUUAUCAAAAUACCUCUACAAAUCUGAAUCUAUGACCAUUUUAAAAAAUUUUUAAUAGACUGUGUGCAAAAUCCUUGUUAUCACCCAUUUUUCUCAUGUAUAACGUUUUCCUUGUUUUUGUGAAACAGGUAGAAACAGAUGACCAAAUAGCCCUCCUUAGUAAGCCCAGGAAUAAAGGAGGAAGCAGUGAUCUGGCAUCAGCUGGGUUUAACAUUAUUAAUUCAAUCAUAGGAUCAGGUGUUAUAGGAUUGCCAUAUUCGAUGAAGGAAGCUGGUUUUCCUCUAGGAGUACUGCUUUUGUUUCUGGUCGCCUAUAUCACAGACUACUCCAUUAUAUUACUGAUCAAAGGAGGAAAUCUGUCCAACACCAAAACCUAUCAAGAGCUGGUCAGAGAAACAUAUGGUCUUGUAGGUUAUCUAAUCCUUUCAACUCUCCAAUUUUUAUAUCCAUUUAUUGCUAUGAUCAGUUACAACAUAAUAACAGGAGACACUUUAACUAAAGUUUUUCAAAGAAUUCCUGGAGUUGGGCUGGAUAACGUGCUUACCGACCGUCACCUCAUAAUUCUUCUUACCACCAUCAUCUUUACCUUACCUAUAUCUUUAUUUCGAGACAUAGCAAAAUUGGGAAAGAUAUCUCUUCUUUCUCUGAUUCUAACCAUUGUCAUCCUGAUUAUUGUGAUGGUGAGAACAGUAACCUUCAGUCCCCAAAUACCCAAAUCAGAAAAUGCAUGGAUAUUUGCAAAAUCCAAUGCAGUACAAGCCAUUGGGGUGAUGUCAUUUGCGUUCAUCUGCCAUCAUAACAGCUUUUUAAUAUAUGGGUCUCUGGAAGAACCCACAUUAAAGAAUUGGUCUCAAGUCACACAUAUGUCUGUGGCCUUUGCUCUUGUCAUCAGCGUAGCGUUCGCUGCCUGUGGAUAUAUGACUUUUACAGGAUACACAGAAGGAGAUAUAUUUGAAAACUACUGUAGAGAUGACAACCUUGCUACAUUUGGAAGGUUUUGCUAUGGAGUUACUGUAAUUCUGACCUUCCCCCUUGAAUGUUUUGUGACCAGAGAGGUGAUUGCCAAUGUGUUUUUCCAUGGGAACCUCUCAACAGUUUUCCAUGUUGUUGUGACAGUAGUUAUUGUUGCUGUGGCGACUGGUGUAUCGCUAGCGUAUGAUUGCCUUGGAAUAGUUUUAGAGCUGAAUGGAGUUCUGAGUGCUACCCCACUUGUUUUUAUCAUCCCAUCAGCGUGUUAUCUAAAGCUGUCCAAGGAGCGGUGGAACCAUUCAGAUAACCUCAUAUCCUGCCUGAUUCUUGUUCUUGGUGUGCUGGUGAUGGCAGUUGGGUUUGUCAUGACUGUCUUGCAUCCCCAGGAAUGUAGCCAUGGAAAAGAAAUGUUCUACUGCUCCCCUAGUAAUGUUUCUUUACACAACAGCACACUUCCACCAUAGCAGACAUAGGCAGCACACCAACCUCCAGACUAGUUCUGGCACAUCUCACAAUGAGCCAUACAUGUCAGUUUAAAGGAGAGUGGAACAAAGACUUUCCAUGUUUUAAGAUGCACUAAGAAUUUUAAAGUUUAUAAUUGUAUUUACAAACUUGAUUUUAUGCUGCCAUCAUUUUUCAGGUAAGAGUUCAGUUUUAACUGUUGAAACACAAAAUCUCAAAGGUGCCUUUCAGUACACAUUAUUUGAAUAACUUGCAAGCCUACCAAAAAGAUUGCAUUUUUUAAACUUAGUCUUCAAUGCUGUUUAAAAGCUAUAAAUUAAAUGUUUUGUAAUAUAAAGCUUUUCCAUGUUUCAUUGAUUUAACUUAGUUUUUAUUAAUUUUAUAAUCCUUCAUGUAUAUUUAUUAGCACAUUAUAGCAGGGAGCUUUUUUAAGCCCUGAAAAAAAGUAUGUCUGAAUCUGUAUCACAAUUCUGCUAUUAAAUCGAAAGACCCUUUUUAAUUCUGUCUUUGAUUUUACAGUAACUGUCCUUCAGUGCCGAAAGCUUCCCUUUUUCAGGAUCUUGAGUCAAAGGAAAUUUUGUAUUCUGACUGAAUUGUAACUGAUACAAUUUAAUUGUAAGUGUUACAAUAUGUAAUCUUGCAAUUAAAAGAUACUGCACAAAUAAAUCAACCAGAGUGGAUUUAAAAAGAUUCAACUAGGCAGUCUUUGUAAAAAUUUCAAGAUUGACAAAGCAGGAAAUUACAUUACAGUUCAAUUCUUACAUUUAUAAUGCUAUUCAUUAUUUCUGAAACUGAAUUGAAACUAACAUUCUAAACCUGAUUAUCCUUCUAGUCCUUGGUUUCUUUUCAGGAUAUGACUAAUGAUUUUGUAAUGGUUUGUCAAAUUCUGGUGAUUUGUUAUGUUUUCCAAAAUUCAUUUAACAUCAAGGAUUCAUGUAUAUGUAUGUAUGUGUAUAAAUAUACAUAUAUACAUAAGUGUAUAUAUAAAAACAGACUCACGUGCCUAUAGAAUAGGACUAAUUUGAGGUUGAGUAAUAUGAGUAUCCUUAGUCAUAUCAGUGCUGUCAUUCUGAAAAUGUUUUGUUACCAAAUCAAAAUGUGUACUUGAGUUAAUUUUGGCAUUAUUGUGAUCCUUGUGGUUUCCCAUUCCAGCUAGAUGCAUGAUGCUGCUUCAUUUUUAUGCUGCUUAAUGGGGAUGGGUUUUGUCUUCAUCUUGCAUGAUGCAUUCAAGACUUCUGGCUAAACAGAUCUGUAAGCAAGGGUUACUAGAUAGUGAUAAUACUUGUAAGAAUAACACCCUUCUUAAAAGUAGUGCUUCCAAAAUAAAUGCUUUAAAUAUUA